CGCGACCAUCGAUCCGCCUCGGCAAUACAGGCAACCAUGAAGCUCUUUCCGGCCGUCGGCUGCCUCCUACUCCUCAUCAUUCUCAAUGUUGCUGGAGUUGAUUCCCGGGGCACCCCUGCGGCCUCUGAAAACAAGUGGACCAGCUUGUUCGUGUUCGGCGACGACUUCGCCGACAACGGCAACCUUGCGAAGCUGCGGCGUGGUCAGACUCAACCUGAUUCUAUUCUUCAAGACACCUUUCGUCAGUGGAACUACCCCUAUGGGUCUUAUGUCAACUCUCGUGGAUCCGCCACGCCUUUUCCAACCGGCCGCUUCUCCAACUACAGGAUUCAAGCAGAUUUCGUCGCAAGGAUCUUGGGUCUCACCCAAUCUCCUCCGGCCUACAUGCUCACACCGGAUCAAACAUGUGACCCAUCUGGCAUGAACUUGGCUUUUGGCGGUGCUGGCGUGUCUCAAGUGUCCAAGAAGGCGCCCACCCUUGCUGCACAGAUCAGAACAUUCAAGAGGCUAGUCAACGACGGGAUAAUUUCAAAGGAUCAGCUUCGCCACUCCAUCGCGCUUGUCGCCGUCUCUGGCAACGACUACAUGAGUGAUGCUGCCGUCAAGGACACCUUUUUGAAUAGCUUCGAUGAUGUCCGUACUUACAUUGCCAACGUGACAACUGAGAUCACCAAGAACGUGGAGCAGCUGCAAAACCUAGGUGUGAGAAAGGUGCUAAUAAACAACUUGCAUCCCAUUGGCUGCACGCCUCUACACACUGAGUCAAAUAACAACACCGCAUGCGACCUUCUGGCCAACUAUGGCGCCGGUCAAGGGUCGGAUCAGUCUAAAGAUUUCAAGCGCAAGCUGACCCCAUGCUGCAAUAGAAUUCAUCCGACAGGCUACUGUGGACAGCGUAGCGCUUCAGGAGAGGCCCUCUACAACCUAUGCCAAAAUCCAGACAACUUCUUCUACUGGGAUGAGAUUCACCCGACAAAUGCUGGUUGGAAGGCCGUGAUGACGGCACUAGAACAGCCUUUGAAGGAGUUGCUAGAUCGAGACUAUGUUCAUUGAUACGGUCUUCAACAGCCUAGACUGCAUGUUGCGUAUCAUAUAUUUUUUUAUUUUGGGAGGCAGCUUGAUUAAUUUCUACUAGUAGCUGGUUGGUGCAGUAUAUUUUAGGUUAGUUCAUUGGUAGCGUAUUUAUUUAGAAAUUAAGAAGCUUAGGAGUUAUUUUUUCCUUGUGU